AUGCCAGACUUCUCACAACCUGUCGCAAUCGCCCAAUAUCAAAAUCUCCAGCUUCACCAGCAACCCCCUCCUCCAUCCGCAGAUAAUUAUGAUGAGGAAGAAAGUGGAGCCUACAGAUACCCUGGUUCUGGUGUCGGCGUGCUGCCUACCACUGGCUUACCGACAAAUGGAAUGGGAUAUCCUUCCCUCCCCUUAAGAUCCAACUCACACCCUAGUAUUCCAACAACUACAGAAUACUUGAUAUCGCCGCAAACCAUACACCAACCAUCUCUGUUCCCAUCGCCGCAGUCUGCCACUCUACCACCAUCUCAAACAAUCCCCUCAACGAUAUACACCGAAGGCGGCGAUGUCAUGCAAGGCGGCGUGAAAGUCGAAGCAUCCCCUCCACCACCACAGUCUGGUAACACUGGCGGCCAGCCAUAUUUGAGAGUCGCGAGAUUUGUAGGCCCUCCUCCUGUCCCCCUAGCGUGUACUGAGUGUCGGAGCCGCCAUCUUAAAUGCGAUGCUGGCACACCCAGCUGCUCAAGAUGUGUGACCGAUACCAGGGAUUGUCUAUAUGUCAAAAGUAGGAGAGGAUGGAAGGGAAGUAGGAGACGAACUUCUGCCCAGAGCAGGGCAGGAAGUGUUAGUGGCGGGGAAGGCGGGUUUGGGGUCAUGAGUGAUGGUGGCGGUAAUGAACGAGGGUCAACAUCGCGUGCAUCAUCACAAACUCGACAAGCUUCUGUCUCCGCCGCCUCGAACGCCACAGUAUCACCUACGAAUUCGCCACCAGUGUCGAGGAAUCUGCCAAACCCGGGACCUCCUCCCCCAAAUGCAUUGGAAAAUGUCAGAAACCAUUAUCGGGGAUCGACUAACUUCGCAUCAGUCCACGAUCAUUUCCCGCCUCAACCGACCGCCAAUUUGAUCCAACUUUACUAUGCAUAUUUUCACUCCGCACACCCUUUCAUUCUUCCACCCGCGUAUCUUAUUAAAACCGCAGCAGCUAAACUUACACAGCUACUACCGGUUAUGCGAUUCAUUGGGUCAUUCUAUGCACCUUCUGCCCCACAUCAAUCAUUUCGAGAUGCUGCAGAUUUUACAUUAUUUCAACAAAAUGCGCCGCGGAACUCAUUCACGGUACAAGCGAUGUUACUGUUCGCCAUAGGCCUACAUGCAGAUAAUCUUCAAGAACGUAGCGGUCAAGUCAAAGAUAUUGCGAUCGAAAUGGCUUUGGAGCUUGGUAUGAACCUUGAGGGGUUUGCAGAAGCAGCCGGCGAGGGCGAUCCGGUGAUAGAAGAAAGCUGGCGGCGGACAUGGUGGGAACUAUAUUUCUUAGAUGGAAUAUUUGCAGGAGUCCACCAAAGAGAUUGCUUCAGGCUAUGGAGCGUAGAAUGCACGGUUCCAUUGCCUUGCGAGGAACAAGAAUAUCUAUCCAGUCGAAUACCACCCACAAGAUCAUUGGUAGAUUUCGACGAAAGAUAUUUUUCAGAGGAUAACCGGCCUUUCUCAUCGUAUGCCUACAGAGUCGAAGCGGUACGGAUACUAGGUCAAGUUUUGGCAUGUGGCGGAAGCGACAAUCCGGAUGACCCUCGAGUAGACUCUGCAGAUACAAGUUUAGUGAAUUGGAUGUUGCAUUUACCAGCCGGGAAGAAAGAACUGGUAGAUAAAGAUGGCAGAGUGGAUGAGAUGUUGUUUCAAGCUCAUAUGGUGAUAAAUGCUGCAUCUAUAUACCUACACCGACCAAAAUCGCAUCUCGCCAUCUCACUUGUGCCGGACGAAACAUCUUGUACACCACCAACCCAAUGGACAACAACAUCAAAACCCGUCGCUUUUCACACGACGAAAGCAAUCCGCGCAGCAGACGCAAUAUCAAAACUCAUAACUCUCCCAACACCGCUUAUUAAACACACGCCAUUCUUUACGUGCAUCAUAACAUUAAGUGCGAUUGUCCAUUUAUCCGCCUGCUCGUGGCUUUUAUACGGCGAAGAAGGGUUUAUGGCAAAGGAGAGAAUAAGGCUUAGUGUUGGAGCAUUGAAAACCUUAGAAGAUAUUUGGCAUGUAGCUGGGUGUGUGCUCAUGCAAGUCAAGGUUGUAUCGAGAGAAGUCUUCGCACUUCCUCGACCGGAGGGUUCUAAAAGUGGUGGAGUAUUAACGGAAGAAGAAUUUGCGAAGCUCGUUGAUGAUGAACAAGGAAUCGAGCUAAUCGAGGGCGCAGAGAUGCCGCUCCAGUGGGAUGGCCAGUAG